AUGGACGUAGUAGGAGCCCUUCGAGUCGCUCGCCUCACUUUGGAAGCAACAGUCGGCACGAUGCACGUUAAUGCGAAAAUAGUUGCUGAUCGUUUGUCGUUACAUGGCCAAAGUAUUGUCGUCGCUACCGAAGCACUAAUCAGUACGGACAAAUUUAGUGUAAUUGGGCGGAAAUUGCAAUUAGAUGGGCGAUGCUUCCCAAAUGAGAACUCGGAGAACCGGGAGAUGAGGGUCCGACUGGACUGCGGCCUUGUACACGUCGGUGUCGAUGGCUGUAUCGGCGAAUCGAAUGAGAAAGAAACUAUUAAAGUUCCCAAGCGUACGCAAUCCGUCCAAAUCACGAGCAACUAUCUGACGCUGACCAUUAGCGGUUCUUUGGCAAAUUACGGUAAGAUCACGGCAUCGGAGAGAAUCGAUCUAGCCAUCGGCGAGAGCUUGCUGUCACUGUUGGACGGAACGUUGGACAGCGCUGGACGAGGU